CACGCCGCCGAUACGCGACGGGCGGCAGAAUAACAUUUCCAGCCAGUCAUCGGCGUCAGGCGGGACACGGCCUUUUCUGCCGGCGUCGAGCGGCGCGGAUGAGAGUCAGUUGUCCCAUCUCCCUCUUCUACUGCCCUACAUUUCCCUACGAUCCCUCCAAUAAUCCCGACAUUCUUUGUUUGAAAUCUUUCUCUUCUCCAUACAUCCUUCCCAUACACCCGCACGCACCCUAUACACUCGACCCGCCCCUCACGAUCAGCAGCUCCUCUUUCCUCCUGCAUCCGUAGCGCCACUUUGCAGGGAUAUUAUUGUCACUCUGACCUCCCUCGUGGCCCCAUUGUUUGACCCUCGGGAUAGGACUCUGAGAAGCUCGAGCUGCAUACAAGUUGCUGUAUACAGCUGUACUUGCUCUUGAAUCUUCUUUCUUUUACAUCCCGCUCUCAGGGACCCAGCUUCCGUUCAUCGGCGAAAAACUCUCAUAUAUCUCAAUGGACCACCUUCUGUUGACCUUUUGUCUCAUCCUGUCCUUUGACCGCCACCCGGCGCUGCAACUCACCGCCCAUUAACGUUGCUGCUGCUACGCCUCAUAACACAUCAUGAAGUUCGGUCGCAACCUCCCCCGAAACCAAGUUCCCGAAUGGGCAUCCAGCUACAUCAACUACAAAGGGCUCAAGAAGCUCAUCCGAGCCAUCGCCGCGGAACCCGACCACGCCGAUCUGGCAGGUCCGCACUCAUGAAUCCACAAACUUCCCCCCGGACACCCCCCCUCUGACCUCUCCAGAAUUCUUCUUCUCCCUCGACCGCAACCUCGAGACCGUCGACGAGUUCUACAACCGCAAGUACAGCAAGGCGUCCCGUCGGCUGCGCCUGCUCGAGCACCGCGACCAUGACGACCUCGAAGAGCUGCGCGCGGCGCUGCUGGAUCUGCGCGGGCAGUUGCGGAAGCUGCAGUGGUUUGGGGAGGUGAAUCGGAGGGGGUUCCUGAAGAUCACGAAGAAGUUGGAUAAGAAGAUCGAGAGCUCGUUUAUACAGAAGUCGUAUAUCGCGUCGCGCGUGGAUCCGAAGCAGUUUGCCACGAAUCAGGCGCUGGCGGAGAGUAUGAAGUCGAUUAAUGAUUGGUUGUCGGCGCUGAAUGAUGCGAAGACCCCGGAGAGCAAGUCGAUACACUCGGUGCAUAAGCCGAUGCUGAACUUGCCGUCUGGGUUGCUGGAGACGGUUAAGGGGGCAGUGAAGAAUGACGAUGCGUCUAUACUGAAGGAGAUACUGGCGACUGCUGAGUUUGAUGCUGGAGAUCCUGCGUUGAACAGCCUCGAGCUGACGCUCCUCCAACGCUCCAUCUCGAGCAAGUCAAAGAAGUGCAUUGACUUCCUUUUAGCGGAAGUCAAGGACUUUGACGAGCCGGAUGAUAUCAACCAGCGGAAUUGCCUGCAUCGUUUGGUUCUGGCUAUCAACAAGACGAACAAGGACCAGGCUGCUCAGUUACUCGAGACGAACCAGUUCAUCCAUCCAGCUGCUCAGCCUCUCCUAGGCCCGCGCGCCAGCAAGUGCGCCGAAGCUGAAACCCCGAGCCUCGAUGGCGAGACGGUUAAUAUGUUAUCGUACGUGCUGGAGAGGAUGAAACCUUCCCAGUACAACGCCAUCGCAGCCAAAGACUCAUAUGGCCGACUACCACUUCAUUACGCUGCACAGCUCGGCAUCGUUGUCGUCUGCGAGGUUCUGAUGAAGUUUAUGCGCGAAUGGGGCCUGUUCAAUGUUGACAACGGAAUCGAUGCGCCGGAGUGGCAAGAUCAUGAGGGUCUGGCUCCGCUGCAUUUGAGUGUUGUCGGUGGGCAUUAUCUUACAUCCAAGGCGCUCUUUGAAGCUGAGGGCGUCACUGGAAAGGCGGCUAGAAGCUCAAAGUCCAGCGCCGUCUUGAAUCUCGCCACAAAGUCGAAUUACUACAGGAUUGUCCGUCUCUUGGUAGACUCGGGUGUUGACGUGAACUGGCAAGAUGCCGCCGGCGAGACGGCCCUACACGUCGCUGCCAGAUUCGGUCAUGUCGAGUGCGCGAAGAUCCUUCUCGAUGGCACUGUGGAGCAGAAGGCGGAUCCGGAUGUCUGCGAGAAGUAUUUUGAGUGGACGCCUGUGCAUAUCGCGGCCGUUGACGGACACCUUCCUAUCAUCGAGUUGCUCGUGGAAGCUCAUGCGGAUGUCAACAAAGAGGACUCUUCUGGGUGGAAUGCGCGUGAGCAUGCUGCGCUGAGAGGGCAUAUUGAUAUCGCGGAGCUGCUAGCUGAAUAUAUAACGCAUGACGCGGAAUCCCUUGACGGUAGCACCGGGUUGACUGGUUCGCCUCCUGGUAUAGCUUCUCUGGAAGAGAGGAACUCGUUGACUACCGUUAAGGAAUCGAACCCCGUCAGGGCGUUUGGUCAUCGUUAUCUAACGGAUCAGAGCAUGGUUCUCGUCAGCCUCGGAUCAAUGGACAUGCGCAAGCCAAACGACGCCGUAAACCUCGAAAAGAUCCCCAUCGCCGAAGCCCACUCCACCCAGCUCGACACCGCACUAUCAAUCCUCGUCUCCGCCGUCGGCGCCGAAGGCGAUCAAACCACAAUCGACCUCCCCGUGCAAGAAAACAUCGCCACAGAACCCUUCACCUUCCUCACCAAAGACCCCUCGAAAGUAAAGCUCCUCUUCGACCUCGUCCCCACCUACUCCGGAAACCAGAAACACAAGCUCGGCCGCGCUGUCGCGCUCCUCUCCUCUAUCCGCUCCACCGUCGGCUCGAAGCGCGCAAACCUCGCAGGCGACCUAUCUGUCCCCAUCGUGGCGGCUGACACCCUCGAGGUGCUGGGGACUGUGAACUUCAAUUUCCUCAUCAUCACGCCCUUCUCGCACCCUAACAUGGAGAUCACAGAGACGCAGACGUACUGGAAGAGCCUGACGUCGCCUAUGGUGAUCGGACACCGGGGGCUGGGAAAGAACCAGACAGCGAAUAAAUCCCUGCAGUUGGGGGAGAAUACGAUUCAAUCCUUCAUCUCUGCCGCGAACCUGGGUGCGAAUUACGUGGAAUUCGAUGUCCAGCUCACUAAAGACCAUGUACCCGUGAUCUAUCACGACUUUUUGGUUUCAGAGACGGGAAUCGAUGCACCAGUGCAUACCCUGACACUCGAGCAAUUCCUCCACGUCAACGACACACCCACACGCUCUCAACCGCCCUCCCCUCUCCGCAAAGCCGAUACCCCCUCGCAAGCCCUGCCCGUCCUCCCCGCGCUAACCCCGCGCCCGCGCUCCCUCUCAGUGGGGUAUACGCCGACGGACAUGAAUACGGCGAUGGAGGAGCGGAUGAAGUACACGCACGACUUUAAGGCGAAUGGGUAUAAAGCGAAUUCGCGGGGACGGUUUAUUCAGCAGCCUUUCACGACGCUGGAGGAGUUGUUUAGGAAACUGCCGGAGAAGGUGGGGUUUAAUAUCGAGUUGAAGUAUCCGAUGUUGCAUGAGAGUGAGGAGCAUAAUAUGGAUGCCUACGCUGUCGAACUUAACUCUUUCACUGAUGCUGUGCUCGCCCAAGCGUACGAGCUUGGCGGCCAGCGCCACCUGAUCUUCUCGAGUUUCAACCCGGAUGUGUGUCUCGUUCUCUCCUUCAAGCAGCCUAAUUUCCCCAUCCUGUUUUUGUCAGAUGCGGGCGCGUCGCCGGUCGGCGAUAUAAGGGCGAGUAGUCUGCAAGAAGCGAUCCGGUUCGCGAGCCGCUGGAAUCUCCUUGGGAUUGUGGCGCAGGCGGCGGCGUUUUGUGCGGCGCCUAGGUUGGUGAAGGUGGUUAAGGAGCAUGGGCUUGUUUGUGUGAGUUAUGGGGUGCAGAAUAAUGAUCCGAAGAUGGUGCAGCUACAAGUAAAAGAAGGCAUAGACGCCGUCAUAGUCGACAGCGUCCUCGCGAUCCGGAAGGGUCUUCAACAGAGCGAGGAACUGGCUAAGGAGGCGAGCGAGGGGGUUAUUGCUAAGGCUGUGCAGGCUGUGAAUGGGGGUGUUGCGGUAGAUGUUGCAGUGGAGUAGGUUGGAUUGCAUUACCGACUUAGCUUCUCGAUAGAAGUGAUAGAAGUGGUAGAGGAAGAUGAUGCGUGGCCAUGGUAUAUCUUGGCUUGGAUGAUGCAUUGCAUUGCGUUACUACUGGUAUAGUUGGGAUAGAUCCUAUUUUGGGGGGGGGGUGGCUGGUAGUAGACAGUAGAUCCUACAGUUCCUGAAAUACAUUUUUAUGACAUUCCUGGCAG